AUGGGGGAGACUGUAAUGAGAAUGGGAACACUCAUGGGAAGUAUCAUGUUUAUUUAUACCAUGAUUCAACAAUUCAUCCCACGGCAAAUCUCUGAUUAUCUCUCGGUAUACAUGCACCGAAUUACGGCAUUUCUAAAUCCUUCCAUGGAGAUAAGCUUCGAUGAAUUCACUAGUGGUGGUGGUGAAUGGUUGAAACUAAGCAAAGCGUACACCGCAGUUGAAGCUUAUUUGGGUCCUAAAAGUUCUAAAUUUGCAAAGCGACUGAAGGCUCGGAUAGUGAAGGGAAACAAGGGUCUUGUCUUCAGCAUGGAUGAUUAUGAAGAGAUAGUUGAUGAUUUUGAAGGGGUGAAAAUCUGGUGGUCCUUGGACAUUACUGUCCCGGAAACCAAUUCUUUUUCUCGUUAUCCUUCGGCUACCGAGGAGCGACGACACUUGACGCUCACAUGUCAUCAGAAACACCGUGAAAUUGUCACCAAGUCAUAUCUAAAUCAUGUCAUCAUGGAGGGAAAGGCAAGCAUGAUUGAGAACAGAAACAUACGGCUCUACUCUAAUAAUGCAAACCAGGGGUAUUAUGAAUACAAGAAGACAUUGUGGAGUCAUGUAGAGUUUGAGCACCCCGUGACAUUCGAUCACCUCGCAAUGGAUCCAGCAAAAAAACAAGAAAUUAUCGAUGAUCUUGUGACGUUUAGUAUGGGGAGAGACUACUAUCUGAAGAUUGGCAAGCCAUGGAUAAUGGCAACUGCAAGAUGA